AUGGGGACGCCGCACGUUGUGUACAAAACGGUGGCAGUGGACGAUUUUGUCCUGACCUUGCAGCCGUCUUGCCGGUCAAAGCGAACGGGUAAACCGAUACCGGGUAUCAAGAACGGUUACACCCAAGGCGAGCCGAGCCCGUUGCGCUUACUGAUAAACCCUACCGAUUUAGAAGUGGAACCGGUCAAGGCAGAACAAGGCAUAGCAGCGUUGAAGGUGUGCAUUCCAGAAACUGCCACGUUGACCGAAAUUAAGCGGAUUCUGCAUACACGGACGCAGGGUAAGGAAUGGGUUGUCCGUACCGCAGAUUUUGCCGGUUGGGAUUUACGGGUGAAACACCGGCGUCUUGUGUAUCAGCGCGCAAAGUGUGACCAUUGCCACGGCUAUUACGUUCACGGAUACAAAGGAUAUUGUCUAUUUUGCGACGUGAGAGACAAUUGGCACCCGUGCGAAUAUUGCGACACCAUGAUUGAAGGUGAAUACCGCUUUUGUUAUUCCCACAGCAAGGAGGCGUACAGCGAAGGACUUCCCACCAAGCAUUCAGGCAGGUACAACACGGUAGGCACACGGCGUGUGUGGCACUACACAGUCGUCUCCCCAGAGAUUCAACAGUGGUUUGAAUGGCGUCGCAUGUUAAGGGAAGGCGGUAACACUGCCUCAGUCGAGAAUCCGAAGUUACCGCGGAAAACAGAGGGGGCGAACACGGCUGAGGUGGAUGCACUGAUAGCCGAAAUGGAAAAAAUAUUGAAGGAAUAG